GUCGGGUCGGGAACGGCACCGCGUAGGAGCUCCCAAGGGUCGGACCUCCUUCGACCGAACGCCUCUGUUUUUCCAGCAUCACUUUCACACGCGCCGCCCCGAGCAAAGCCAAGAGCGACCGGCAGCAGAUAGAGAGAAGAGGAAAGAUCGCGUCGUUCCCCCCGGUUCUUCUCUCAUUCCCACGCGUUCCAGUCAAUAUCUGCCCGGGGCCCAUCCUCGGGGUGCCUCCGAUUUCAACCCGCAACCUGGCCCUGCUUUUAACUCCACCAAAAACAGAGGAAGGGAGGGAGAGAGCCGAGAGCCAGCAAGAACUCCCCAUCCCUCCGUCCGUCCGUCCGUCCCCCCUCUUCUCUCGUUCUGCAUGCCCCUGGAUAAGUUCCUCCAAUUCCCAGAAGCAUUCUCUCCCUAAGCUGAGCUCCUGUAACUAGGAAUAGCUUUGUCGUUCCUGGCGUCCGAUGUCUCUUCCUUCUCCCGCUUCCGUUCCUCUCGUUGUUUUCUCGGUGCUCUUCUUCGCGGCCCUCUGUCUCUGUGAUCCGAGGGCCAACGAAGCGGCCCUCAUAUGCAGCAACCGGACCACUCCCCAGCCCGACCGCCGGGCCUUCGCCUCCAGCAUCGCGGGGGCGAUGGACGCCGUGUCCCCUCAGAUCAACGCCCGCCAAUACGCGUCGGCCGUGGGCGGAGCGGGCAACAACACCGUGUACGCGUUCGCGGAGUGCAUGGAGGACCUCGACCGGAUCGACUGCGACCUCUGCGUCGCUCGGGCGAAGGUCCAGAUCCUCCGUUGCUUGCCCUUUCAGUGGGGCACUCGCGGCGGUCGUCUCUUCUAUGACGGUUGUUAUCUCAGGUACGAUGAUUACAAUUUCUUCAACGAGAGUUUGAGUCCCCAAGAUACGACGGUGUGUGGCACGGGAGAUUUUGGAGGGAACCAGGCGAUGUUCAUGAACAAUGUCGUGGAGUUAGGGAGGAAUUUGAGUUUGCAAGCGCCCAUCAAUGGCGGGUUCUCGGUGGGGUCUGUGAUUCGUGGGAAUGUGUUGGUUUACGGGUUGGCUCAGUGCUGGAAAUUAGUGAACGGGAGCGAAUGCCAGAACUGUCUUAACAAUACGGCUGUGAGGAUUGACUCGUGUCCCCCCAAAAAGGAAGGGAGGGGCUUGAAUGCCGGAUGUUACUUCAUGUAUUCGACGGAGAAGUUUUACUACAACAACACCGAACCAUUUCAAAGAGAUGAAGGAGAGCGACGGUUGAUUAUUCUGGCUGCGGUAUCUUCUACCUUGGCUCUGCUACUAAUUAUUGCAUUAGCUGCUUUCCUCAUUAGGAGGAAACUUGUCAGGAAGACUAGAGAAAAGAAGCAGUUGGGACUUCUGGUGGACGUAGUGAACAAUUCCAAGCGGAACUUUUCCUAUGAAUUGCUUGAGAAGGCUACUAGUUAUUUUCACCAAUCCAGUAAGCUUGGACAAGGAGGGUCCGGCUCAGUUUAUAAGGGAAUUUUGCCCGAUGGAAAGCCUGUUGCCAUCAAAAGGCUGGUAUUUAACACGACGCAGUGGGUCGAUCAUUUCUUCAAUGAAGUAAACUUGAUCAGCGACAUUGAUCAUAAAAAUCUAGUCAAACUGUUGGGGUGCAGCAUCACCGGUCCUGAGAGCCUUCUUGUUUAUGAAUACAUCCCCAACCUAAGUCUUCAUGAUCACCUUUUUGCGAAAAAGAACGUUCCACCACUAAGUUGGGAGACAAGGUGUAAGAUCAUCUUGGGUACGGCGGAGGGCCUGGCCUAUCUUCAUGAAGAGUCGAACUUAAGAAUCAUACACAGAGACAUUAAAUUAACCAAUGUUUUGCUGGACAAAGACUUCACGCCCAAGAUUGCUGAUUUUGGACUAGCUAGGUUAUCAGAAGAUGCGACUCAUAUCAGCACUGGUGUCGCUGGUACAUUGGGCUACUUGGCUCCAGAGUAUGUUGUUCGUGGCAAAUUGACUGAUAAGGUAGAUGUCUACAGCUAUGGCGUUCUCAUGAUGCAAGUACUCUCUGGAAAGAAGAAUUAUACCUUCUCCGAGAGUUCCUGUUCCAUCUUACAAAUGGUGUGGAAUCAGUAUGGAUCGGGUAGGCUGUUUGAAGCCAUAGAUCCAAUUCUAGAGGGGCAAUUUCAAGAGGAGGAGGUGUCUAGGUUACUUCAAAUUGGUCUGCUGUGCGUGCAAGCCUCUGCAGAAUUGCGGCCAUCAAUGUCAGUGGUCGUGAAGAUGCUGAAAGAAAGCUCUGAAUUACCUACACCAACACAACCGCCGUUCCUCAAUUCUAGUCGAAGCACAGAAUGCAGUAGGCACAUGAGCGAACCUAAUAGUUCUUGCCACUUGUCAGACACCCAGUCUACUGGCAAUGCAACGAUGACCGAGAGCUGGAUCGAGCCUAGAUAACAUUUCGUUUCUGAUGCAUCUCUGGCUCUGUCUUUCCGAACUAUGUUGGCAAAGCUUCUCCCGGUGGUCACGUGCCGACUCAAGUUAUGAAAUGGAUAAUUGACUUAUGGAGGUUCUGGCGAGGUCACUGGGGUUGAUCAACGGAAUGACCGGAGCAAGGGGCAACGUCGGAGCCGUCCUGACCCAAGUCAUAUUCUUCCAGGGAUCGAGGUACUCGAAGGAGACGGGAAUAACCCUGAUGGGCAUCAUGAUCAUAUGCUGCACCCUCCCGAUCGCCUUAAUAUACUUCCCGCAGUGGGGCGGCAUGUUCUGCGGCCCCCCGGCAGGGAAGAGCGGGACCGAGGAGGACUACUACUUGUUGGAGUGGAGCACCAAGGAGCAGGAGAGCGGCUUCCAUCAGGCGAGCGCGAAGUUUGCCGACAACAGCCGGAGGAAGAGGGGCCGGCGAUUGGUGGCCGCCGCCUAGGAGCCCAGAUGCUCUCGAGGAAGUCACCCUCGUCACUGCACAUCUAGCUUUAGCGUUGUUACGCAGAUUUUCAAGCACAUAACUCUUGGUGAUAAUAUCUAAGUAAAUCUCCGAAUUGCAUGGCGUGAAUUUGAAGCUAAUCUGGGAAUUCAUAUAA